UAUGUUGUUAUUAGCUGUAAAGUGUGUCCUAGCUAAUCAUGAUGUCUUUGCUUUCGGUUGCUUUUGAGUGCAUUGUUUGUAAACUUCUCCUUUAUAAGGAGCUCCUGAACCAUUGUACAAAAUAUAUCAAUACAUAAUUCAUACUCUCUAUUUCUCAAUACAUCAAAUCUUACAUGGUAUCAGAGCUAUAAGAUUUAGGCCUAUAUUCCUUUCUUUCCGGCGGGCAGCUGGCCGGCAACCAUGCCUUCGCUGCCCGCUGGAGUUUUUCAACACCUCCACAGAGUAUGGCUCAAUCCCAAGCUUACUUCCAUCAAACACAGUCUCAACAAUAUACCCAGCUCUCCCUCUCGGCCGAAGCUCCCUCAGCAACACCACUGCACUAUCUCUCUCUCUAAAACAAGCAAGCAAGGAAGCAUGAGAAAACUAAAGUAUCACGAGAAAAAGCUGUUGAAGAAGGAUAAUUUCAUAGAAUGGAAGAGAGAAGGUGGCCACAGAGAACCUCAUGUUAUGCAGCGUUAUCAUGUCACCGAUCGAGACGAUUACAAGAAGUAUUCGACUUUGUGUCGGAAUGUGCAGAAGCUAGUGAAUAUAUUGAAGCAAAUGGAUUCAAGAGACCCUUAUCGGAUCAAGAUGACCGACUCUCUUCUUGAAAAGCUGUAUAACAUGGGAGUCGUACCAUCUAGAAAAAAAAGCUUGGCUUUGUGUCAGCGCUUAUCAGUGUUGGCCUUCUGCCGACGUAGGCUUGCAACUGUGUUGUUGAAGCUGAAAUUUGCUGAACACUUCAAGGAAGCGGUCACAUAUAUACAGCAAGGGCAUAUCCGAGUAGGUCCAGAGACAGUCACUGACCCAGCUUUCCUUGUGACAAGAAAUAUGGAAGAUUUAGUUACUUGGGUAGAUACAUCCAAAAUAAAGAGAAAAGUGCUGGUACCCGAGGCAGCAGGUUCACUCUCGGACACAGUUUCACUUCUUAUGCAUCCUCCACUCCCGUACCAUAAUCGAGAUCCUCAUCAAUGCCGACGACCUUGACGAAGUCUCCCACGUCGACAACACACACCAAGCAUCUCUCUCUCUCUCUAGGGGCCAACGGGGGAGAGGGAGGAGAGCUUUUCCUUCAGCUAAAGCAACCUGUGUGCAUGAGGAGGGGGAAGCUGCUCACACUGAUACACACACCAUGGACGCACCAGCACACACACGGCACACACCAAACAACCAGCACAUGGGGACACCCAC